AUGAUCGAGCUGAUGGAGGUUUGCCACACAGCAGCAGAAGAUUCGCCAGUGUUCUGGAAUGAGAAUGCCAAACGGACAUUGAAGGCAGCGUUGGAACUGAAGCCACUGACUCACCGAGCUAAGAAUGUUAUCCUGUUUCUGGGAGAUGGAAUGGGAAUCCCCACAGUGACUGCUGCUCGGAUACUCAAAGGCCAGCUACAAGGACAUCCUGGAGAAGAAACUGUCCUAACCAUGGAAUCCUUCCCACAUCUCGGUCUUUCCAAGACGUACAAUGUGGAUCACCAGGUCCCCGACAGUGCUGGAACAGCCACCGCUUACCUGUGUGGAGUCAAAGCAAACUACGGAACCAUUGGAGUCAGUGCAGCGACCAAACGGUAUGACUGCAACUCCACCGACGGCAAUGAAGUCAUGUCGGUGCUGAAACGGGCAAAGGACGCAGGGAAGUCAGUGGGGGUGGUGACCACCACGCGGGUACAGCACGCCUCGCCGGCGGCAACCUACGCUCAUGUUGCGAACAGAGGCUGGUACAGCGAUGCCGAUCUCCCACCUGAUGCCGUUGGUCACUGCAAGGACAUCGCGGUGCAGCUCAUCACCAACACUGACAUUGACGUCAUACUUGGAGGAGGAAGGAUCUACAUGACUCCUAAAGGGACCCCUGACCCUGAAUAUCCAGACGAUAAAUAUCAGAAUGGUGAACGGAAUGAUGAGCGCAAUUUGAUUAAAGAGUGGCUCAGUGUCAGAAAGAAUGCAAAGUAUGUUUGGAACAAAAGUGACUUUGAUGCUGUUGAUGAGCGGAAAACCAGAUAUUUGAUGGGUUUGUUUGAACCCAAAGAUAUGAAAUUUGAUUUAAAUCGGAAUAAGACAAUGGAUCCAUCUAUUAUGGAAAUGACUGAAAAAGCCAUUAAAAUUCUCAGUAGGAAUCCUAAAGGAUUUUUCCUUUUUGUUGAAGAUAAUGGAAGAAUUGACCAUGGCCAUCACGAGGGAAAAGCAACGUAUGCUCUACACGAAGCAGUGAAAUUUGAUGAAGCUAUUGAAAGAGCCAGUAAACUGACCAGUGAUCAGGAUACCCUCACCAUUGUCACUGCAGAUCAUUCACAUGUCUUUAGCUUUGGGGGGAAAAGCUAUCGUGGCAAUUCAAUAUUUGGAUUGGCACCAGCCGACGCUUCGGAUAAUAAACCAUAUACAAGCAUCUUGUACGGAAAUGGGCCUGGUUAUGUAAUUACAAACGGCACUCGACCAAACAUAAUAUCCACUGCCUUUGAGGACAAGGAUUACAUGCAACAAGCUGCCGUUCCGUUGGCAUCGGAGACUCAUGGUGGGGAGGAUGUGGCAAUCUAUGCGAAAGGUCCCAUGGCUUAUCUGUUCCACAAAACACACGAAGAGAACUACAUUGCCCACGUGAUAGCGUAUGCCGCUUGCAUUGAGCCUUACACAGACUGCACUCCCAACGCUGCUUUCUCACUCCAGCCCACUAACCUCCUCACUAUCCUGAUAUUGAUACCCUGUUUAUUCAACUAUUGAUUAAUCUUUAAUGCAAACUUAUAAUGCAAUACACUUGAAUAAUUAAAUGCAGGGGUC